AUGUCAGCGAGACGCGGGCACUCGAUUCUUCGCAAGAAUAAAAUACAUAACCGCACGCAUAGAAUACUAGCACUUGUCCCUGUCGAGCAUGCGCCAUCCGAUACUAGUGACAAAUCCGAAAAUAACAGUGAUAAGUUAUCAGUAAAUGAUGACCCCCUUAACUAUUUGUAUUUAUUUUUUUCUGAAGAUAUUUUUACUGAUUUAGUAGACCAGACCAAUCUUUACUCCGUCCAACAAACCGGAAGAUCCAUACAAGUAUCGGAGAAUGAGAUGAGGGAUUUUAUAAGCAUUCAUAUUCUGAUGGGCAUUGUUGAAAUGCCAUGUUAUCUGGAUUAUUGGAGCAACAGAUUUCGAUACGGACAGAUAGCAGACAUAAUGACCUUGAAACGUUACCAACAAAUCCGCAGAUUUUUACACUUUACUGACAAUAAUCUGCAGGACUCUGGUAGAUACUAUAAAGUACGACCGAUAGCUGAAAAAAUUCGAAGAAAUUGUUUGCGUCAAGAAAAUGAAAAUAAAUUUAGUAUAGACGAGAUGAUGAUUCCCUACAAGGGCAGGAAAGCUGGAAACCGAAAGCAAUAUAUGAAAGAUAAACCAAGUAAAUGGGGUUUUAAAAACUAUGUACGUGCUGGUGUAAGUGGAAUGAUUUACGAUUUCAUUUUAUAUGCAGGACAUUUUCCCAGCACAAAAGAAGACAUGGGGCGAUGCAAGUUUUGCCAGAAAAACACAACUGUAUAUUGUAUAAAAUGCAAUGUGAGACUUUGUUUUGUUACGGGAAAAAAUCCUCGCAAUUGUUUUUUACAUUUUCAUAAUAAAUAA